AUGGCAUCUAACCCGACUAACACGACACAGAUGAAUGAUACGUUCACAGUGACGGUCAUUAACCUGCUCUCUUGCAAACUCUCCUCAAGGAUAACGGAUGACAUGAGGACACAGUUCCAGGUGUUGUACCAGGCCAGAAUACAGGAGACACUGCAGGGUCGAGGCAUCUACAGCACGGGGACUAUAGGCGUCUCAGUGGACUACAAGAUGGUCACAUAUAAUCCUUGGGACAAAGAUGGAACAACCCGACGGAAGAUCAUCGAAGACGGCGAUGCCUUUAUCAUACUUUUUGACUUGGCAGCGCUUGAUGCAGCAACACAACUACACCAGGAGAUAAGGAGUGAAGACCGCCGCAAAUUCAUACCCGUCGUCCUGAAAACUGUCUAUCCAGAACACAUUGGGAUGUGUACGCUUCCUGAAUGUUCUCAGGAAUCUCAUCCGGGUCCCACUUCUUCCUCUCUGGCGGAUGCCUUCGAGAACCUGUCCAUCGUUGUGGAAACUGAGAAAAAGCAUUCUCGAUUUACCUCAAAAGUUGUGAAAUGUAGACGCCAAAGGCUUGAGCUGCUGGAACCGCUAGACACGAAUGAAAAGUUGUCCAUUGGACUGAUCCUUCCAUUGACAAAACCAGACGGCAGUGCUGACCUUACCAGCGUUCUGAGUCACGUCACACUUCUCGAACAGACUGUUGACAACCUUCAGAAAAACACUGUUCAGUUACAGACAGAUCUGCAGGGUGAUUACGACGACCUAAAGUCUCAUGUGGACUUAAAUGUGCAUAAUAAAGUAACCUCGAAUUCAGCAAACGUAACGACCCUACAGUCGGACGUGAAUGUGUUAGCCAAGUUAGACAUCCUGAACACAACAGUGUAUGCAGUGCAAUCAGAAGCCCGUCGGUUGACGGAAAAUAUUUCCUCUAUGGUACAACUCCUUGAACACAAGCAGCUGGUGGAAAACAUGGACACGCAGUCGGUGAAGACUCUGGCACAAGACACGUCCAUUCAACUGAAACUGUUGGAGAAAGAUGUUAAUGCAACUUCCUUUGAUGUUGGCCAUAUCAAACAGAAUCUCCACUCAAUGGAUGCAGAUCUCCACGUGGUACAGAAUGAUGUCACGAUGACGCGCUCUGAGAUACAGACGAUGAAGCAAACCAUGUCUGAUAUCGACAAAAAUUCUACUGCUGUGAAACAGGCCCUGGCACAGGUGGCUCAAACUAUGGCUUCAAAGACCAGAGACGUGGCAUUCCAGGCAUAUUUAAGCGAUACACAAACUGUCCAGUCAGACACUUCUCUGAUAUUUCACCGUGUCUUCCUCAAUUCUGGGUCUGGAUACAGCAGCACAACAGGAACGUUUACAGCACCUGUCUCUGGAACCUUCAUGUUCUGGACACAAUUGGAUGUUGACCAGGCAGAUGUUUCUUUAACCGUCUCUAUCCAAAAGUCGGGAACUUCAAUAGCAACAGGAUGGGUGAAAACAACAACAGAUAGUGAUGAUGAAGUUGUUUCUGUUAUAACCGCCAGUCAUGUAACGGCUGGUGAAGAAGUGUGGGUCCAGGUCAAUUUAACAGCUUUGAUAUAUGGUGCCUCAUAUUCUCACUUCGGUGGUACUAUCUUGUCUGUAGACUGACUUUAUCAGCUUGGGGAGAAACAUCAACACACUGCCAGACAGCACUGUAUGGUAUGAACGGCUUAUCCUCAUUGUGAACGCAACCGACCAGGGAUGAAUAUUGUAGCUGAGUGAUCCUCGAUAUUCAAGUAUAUCACAUCUCCAUUGUAUUUUGAUAAAUACCACUGGACACAUU